AUGGAGAGGAGAGGUCUCGAGGAGGACUGGGGAGCAGAAAUCGGAGGAUCAGACUUCAGCUGCAAGUCAUCAACAAGCAGCGGGUUGUCCUUGGAAGACAUGCUUGAUCCCUUCCUUGUCACCAUGCACAUCAUCACUGACCCAGGCGGUGCAGCAGCCCUGCAGAGCGCCGUCGACAGCCUGGUAACGUGGAUUAACCCCAGCCUACGGCUCUUCAUCGCCUCCGAGCGGGGCUCCUCACUGCCGCCAGGAGGCAGGGCUGGCCUGGACCAACCGGCACUGGCUGUGAUCAUCUUCAUCCGCGAAGAGUGGGGGCAGCAAGUCUGGCGGCUGCACGAGUGCUUCCUGAACCCUCCAUGGCAGUAUCAUCACACCGAGCGUGUCAAGGGCAGGAUCCUCCCUUACAUGCCCAGGAACCAGGACUUCUUCACCCUGGCUGACCAUCCCAUCCUCUGGGCUGCCAGGCAGGUGCACUAUGGGAAAGAGAUUGUCCGCCUCGCCCUUUACUGCAGCUUCGACAACUUCGCCGACACAGUCAGGAUGUACCAACUGAUCCUGAGGCGGGAGGCAUCGAAGCGCAGGCUGGACGCUGUGUUCUUCACCGUCUAUUCCAGCGCGGAUGUUGAGAUUCAGCUCUCGCUGAAGAGACUGCCAAAGGGACAGCGCCCCACUCCCAGCCAAUCGGCUGUGCUGGAGUUCAGAGUUCACGACGUUGGCUGCCUGGUCCCCCUCCUGCCCAACCCCUGCAGCCCAAUCAGUGAGAAACGGUGGCAAACUGAAGACUACGAUGGCAACAAGCUCCUGUUACAGGUGCGGGAUUUGUCCAGAAGCCCGUGGAGACAGAGGGGAGUUCCUCAGUUCACCAGAGUAAGGAGUAACUCCUUUGCUCCUUCGUGCACGCUCCUCCCUCGGUGCGUGGGCUGUGUGCCAGAAAGAUCUGCUCCAUGCCAGCCGAUCAGCCACAAGCCCCAGCUGACAAGGGGACUUGGCCGCUUCUGCGGGAGGUCCCAAGAAGAUAUCUGGGGCGGUGACCAAGGAGACACCAACAGACGGACCAGCGGCACCUCCAGGUAUCCCCGAUCAGCCCAGCGCAGCAAGUCCCUGUUCUGCCUGCCAACCUUCACCGGGUCAGCUUCCUCUUCGUUGUCUUCCUCACCGCUGGGCGAGCUGGCUCUCUCGCUGGGCGAACGCCAUCGGCCGACGGGAGUCCCAGCCCGAGGGCUCGGCUCCCCAGUCACCGUGCUGGACGUGGACGGCGCAGCAGAGACGGAGGUGGACACGGGCCUCGCCACCUCCUGCUCCGACCUGUCUGUCUCCACGCUGGACGGCCUCAGCCACAGCCUAAAGGCUGCCCUUCCUCCACUGCCGAGAGCCGGCAGGAAACCAGUGUCGGAUCCCUUCAGUUCCUUCUCCUCGGUCGGCGAUCCCCUCCCUCCCUUCUGUGAGCGGCCCUCCAGUUCCUCCCCUCAGUUCCGAGAGUUCUCGCCCUCCUGUCUAAACCACCGCACUCCAUCUCCCCGGGCCCCCAUCAUGACCUCUUGGCUCUGCCACAGAGCAAGGCAGUCCUCUUCUCCAGUAGCAAGCAGUGCAGCGAGGAACAAAAGGUGUCCCGAAAACCAGCAGUCCUCCCUUCCCCUCGAUGCAGAACAGGAGUUUUAUAUCUGA